AUAAACCAAGUCAGUGUGUUCUUAAUUACUGAAGCAUGCCAAUAAAGAUUGACACAAAAGCGGCAGUAACCCGAGACACGACAGAUCUAGCAGUCUACAACUACAACACUAAAGUGGGCGUACUAAUUUUUAAUAGUUCAAAACAAUGUCAUUAGUUUAAGUAAAUAAUUAGAUCUUUAACUUUAAAUUUUCACUGGAUGCUCCAGGUCACGGAUAAUUAUGUUAUCAGAUUGUGUUUAUAAAAUCAAAUCAUGAAAUGUGAAUACUAGAUCUAUGUAAAGAAGGUAACAACGUUACGACAAAGACUAUCACUUGAUUCAUGUCCGGUUCAUAAGGAAAUAAAUUCAUCAAAGUUAUAAGACGUAAAAUGAAAAUUGUAUCUUUGAUUCGGUGAAUGGUUUACGAACUAUGGCGUGUUGUUGAAUCUUAUACUUUCAUUUUGUAACAUAAACAAAUCGUUAAAUGGGUUGGUGUGUUAUUUUAUUUCAUGUAUUCAUGACAUUCCUAUUUCAACACGUAUUGAUCAGAAGGUUUAAGUAUGCGGCCCCCUGCAUUGAUUAUUCGAUUCAACAAGCAUAUUUUCGACUUUCGUAUAUUUAUAUUUAUAUGUUUGUAUAUUCCUAUUUUACAGUGAUUCUCGAAGUAGGGGGGGGGGGGGCGUAACCUAUGGGGGACUGUAACAGCCCAAGGGCAGAUAAAGGUUUGGUAGCAUGAGACACCCUUAAACAACUGGUUUAAUCAAAUCAAUUACUUAAAAUAAAUGUAUUGCUGUUAGUUGUUUUGUUUUUUUAUGGCAUUAAAUGUCAGUCAUAGAUCAGUCCGAAGUAAUUUAUUUUGUCCGACACAAUGUAGAGAAAAACACUUUUCAAAAAGAAGUGCAAGUGGCUAUAACACUCCAAGAAUGGGAAGUCUAACCAGCCGCUGUGAGCAGACUGCACCUGGCAGUGGACUUAAAUUCCAUCAAUUGACGUAGUUAAAAUAAAUUCACCUUUGUCGGGCCAAUGAUUUUAAACUUAGCCCCCCUCCCCCCCCCACACACACCCAAAAAAAAAACCCACUUACGAAGACACUCUACAGUUGGUCGAAAAUGGUGCCCCUAAAUAUAAAGAAUUAAUAAAGUCGCUUCCCGCUCCACUUUUCUAAGCUAGUGUGCGCGGCCGUCGAUCAAAAAAAAAAAAAAAAUUGUUUUGAAAAAAAUUGUUUUUCUUUGAACACUUGGCUGAGAAAAUUCAAUACCGGUGACAGGUCUUCAUCAUCAAAUUGUAUUUACGUGUUGAUUAUUUUAGCCAUGUCGAUCUUCGCCUGUCUGAUAUCUUGGAACGUUGUGUGAAUCAUUUCAUAUGAUCUGGCUGUUGCUUCAAGUAUUAAAUUUUAGUGGUAAAAUAUGUAGCCUACCAUCCCUAAGGUGUGAACACAAUGAAUGGCUGAAGCAAGCUCAAGAAGAGUUCGAUAAACACUUGAAAUGUUUCCAUUAAAAAAUAAUAAAAGUUGAGUAUAAUAAUAUAUCCGGGUGACGCCAAUGGAGAUUACGACCAUCUGGAACAUUUACAGGUUGCAAUCCGUGGUGGGAUUCAGCCGGUUCAAUAGAACCGUUACCCGGUACCGACUACCUUGCUGACUUCGGAGACUCGGUUGUUCAGUUGGCAUUUGUAAUCGGGGUUCUCUUCAAUGUGUGCUUCUUAGUUACGCAUUUCUUUUUUUUAUUUUAUUUUUAUUAUUCUUUUUUUUUUUGGCUUUCAUUCUCCCUGAAAGAUAAUAUAUAUUUAUAAUUAUUCGCUCAUCUACUACUGCUAGUUGCUAUGUGGAACAUAAGAAGGUCGCCAUGUGUCGACGAUUUAUUCAUCUCCUUACGGUCUUCAUGCUUGGACUUCGUGGAGGUAACCUUUGUGUAACGUAAAAAUAUACUGAAAAAUAUUAACAGAGUAUUAAUCUAAAUACUAAUAUUUGACAGCAAAUUGGAUUUAAAUAACUUUUACUUUUUUGUAUUUCAAAUCAGCAGAUACUUAAAUAGAUAAGUAGGCUAGGUAUAAAUUUAAAUAUCUUACUUUCAUCUUUAUUUGAUUUAUUAUUUAGAAUUCGUUAGGGUUAGCACAAGAAAAUGUGUGACUGUUGUCUUUUAAUACACUCUUGAAUACUUUAUAAAUUACACGGUGAUUACGUUUGAUAACUAGACAUCUCAACCAACUGCACCAGCGCAAGUGUUGAUCCAAAUUUGUAUAAUUUAUUUUUAAUAACUUAUAAACCGACUAUUUUUGCAUGCAGUAGUAUUUUUAACCAUCCAUAUAAGCUGCUUUUUAAGACCUUUCACCGAUAUUAUACGCCAGGGGUUUCUCAAACUUUAUAAUGAGAGGUUCGGUUCAUGUUCCUCAGACAAUGUGAGACGCUGGUUCAGUGUCCUUCAGACACCGCUGGGGCGAACUUAACUUUUAAAAACUAUUAAAGAGUUACUAUGCACACUCCACAUAUUUUAUUGAUAGUGUUAAAAAGCAAGAACAAAUAAUGCACGCUUUAAAACGAAGAGCAACGUUAAUCAACAAAAAAAUUAUUUGUAUUUCAAUGUAAGGAAUGUUCUUGCUUUUUGUUAAUUAGACAGUCUAUGUCCAGUUCUAUAUUGGUCCCUUCUGCCCAGGUUCCCGAACGACUGCCAGCUGGGCCGGGUUAAGGACCCCUGGUGUUCAGGAUCUGGUCCGCGUGCCGUAGCUUGAGGAUCCCUGCUAUACGCCAAUUAGAAUGUCAACGUUUUAAAAUAAUUAUUAAACUUUCACCUCUGAUUGAUCAAUUUUUGACUGUUCGAUGUCUUCUUCUUUCUGUCCUCUGUAAGAUCCAGCUGUAGCCACUGGACAACUAACCAUCAAUGGACAGAAGAUGUCCACAAGUGAGAAUUGCAAUGUCAGCGUCGAGGAGGCUUUAACUCUAGAGGUUGGCUGCCCUGGUCUCGUGACGUCAUGCCUGAUAGAUGUGUACGUGAAUGAUUCCACCGUGGUCAACCAGAGCAGGAACCACGCAGUGUUUACAGAGACGUAUAAUGUGGGGUCACUCUUACGGCUGACAGUAGAUUUUCCCGGACUUGAUAAGAACGGGACAAACACGAAUAUCAGCUGUUUAGUUCAAACUGGUAAUUUUAUAACCACAAAAUAUCUGUAGCAAUCAAAAUCCUUUAUACAUGGGCGGCGUCUAUGGUUGAAAUACAUCUUGAAAUUUUGUCAAAGUUAACUGGUCAUAACAAUUGACUGUGCUCAUGGCAUCCAUGGUAUGUUUAUCCAACAUGUGUAAAGGGGUAAUAUAACGUACUUUGUUCAAUGAAUUCUCCAUUUAAUGUGUACACAUACAAAAAUAAUAAUUUAUUUGAUCAAUUUUUGAAGCUGUGAGCCAGAUUUAAGGGGUAACAGAGUUAUGUAAGCCAGAUGUAAGGGGUAAUAGAGUUAUGUGAGCCAGAUUUAAGGGGUACCAGAGUUAUGUGAGGCAGAUUUAAGGGGUAACAGAGUUAUGUGAGCCAGAUUUAAGGGGUAACAGAAUUAUGGGAGCCAGAUUUAAAAGGUAGCAGAGUUAUUUGAGGCAGAUUUAAGGGGAAACAGUGGCUUGGGAGCCAUAUAUGGUGAAUGGGGGAGAGCGUUUUACUCGAAUCGUAGGAAAUUUAUUAUUUCAAAAGAACAGUGAAACAAUCCCUUAGAGCCGGGGUCUCCAAACUACGGACCCUAGGCCGCAUGUGGCCCGCGAGGCCCUCUCAUGCGGCACGCGGAGACCUUUUUGUCUACGGAAAAAAUUACGGAAUUUAACAUGUACCCUGCCAAGAUCAGACGCCACUUACGUGGACGUUAUGUUUUUACCGAAUUAAAAUGUAGGCGCACAGUAGUGCGUUAUGUUUUCUAACCGAUCAUUACUUGGCAAAACCUUAUUCGCUGUUUAGUUUUUAUAUUUCCGUUCACAGUCAGUGAGAUGAUAUAACGCCAUCUAGUGGCGGAGCUUUGCCCGCCGUGUUGCAGAAAUAGGUGAAAACAUUGUGACUCAAAUAGCGAAAAAAUGCAAGCAAGUUUUGCCAAUUUUUAAUUGCCAUGGAUGAAUCGCUGGACAGCUGUCCCACCUCUCAACUGCUUGUGUUCGUUAGAAGUGUGGAUGAAGACAUGAACAUAACACAAGAGCUGGCUUCCCCUACAUAGCAUAUACGACAUGUUACCGGAGAGGAUAUACUCAAUGAUUUGAAGAAAAAAAAAGCAUUUGCUGAUUAUAACUUGGACUGGACUAACCUCAGUUGCCUGACUGUUCGUGGAGGAAAUAACAUGAGUGGCAUAAAGAAAUGCUUGGUUGGACAAGUGAAGCAGAUGUGUAAUGAGAAAAAAAUUCUGCAACCAAUUUUCCUGCACUGUAUUAUUCAGCAGUAAGCUCUGUGUGCUAAAUAUGUUGACAUUAGCAGUGUACUGAAUCCUGAGGUGAAGAGGGUUAAUUUAGUAAGGUCACAUGGGCUCAAACAUAGACAGUUCAGAAACCUAUUGAAAGAUACGGACACAUAAUCGCAAGAUUUACCAUAUUACACAGCAAUAAGAUGGCUAAGUUGUGAGAAAGUUCUGAACAGAGUAUUUCAGUUAAGAAAGGAAAUAGGUGACUUCCUGGAAAGUAAAGGCAAGCCACAGCCAUUACCGUCUGAUGAAGAUUGGGUAUGGAAAUUGGUCUUUUGCAUACAUAUAUAGUCAUUUAUAUUUUCUUAAUCUAAAACUACAAGGAGAGGAAAAUCUAGUUUCUGAUCUAUGCACCCACCUAAAGGCCUUCAGAUCAAAAUUCGUCGUGUUUUUUUGGAACUAUUAAAGGCCAACAACUUGACACACUUUCAGCAGAGCAAGGUCUUCAUGGCUGAAACAACAGCGGAGUUCCCCACGUCAUUUGCAUGCGAGAUCAUCAAAGACCCCCAGCUGCAGUUUCAGCAGCGAUAUUCUGACUUGGAUUCAAAGGCAGAAGAAGUGAGACUUUUUCAAAACCCAUUUAAAGCAGAUGUGGCCAGUCGCCCAGAUGAACUGCAGCUGGAGGUCAUUGAGUUGCAAGCUAAUGACCUCCUUAGGACAAGUUGGACCGUUGGGUUUUUAACUAGUUUUUGCCCAAGAAAGACUUUGCUAUUUUCAAAACAUAUGCAUCAAUGUACCUUUCAAUCUUUGGAACAACAUACCUGAGUGAACAAACAUUUUCAAGAACGAAAUACGUGAAGAACAAUUUUAGAACUAAUUUUCCGAUGAUAAUCUCAGGUGACUGUUGAUGUUAGUGACAUCAAAUCUAAAUCAAGAAAUGUCUGCUAAUCGCUGCUGUUUUGGCAUCCAGGAAACAAUUUCUCCAUUCCCACUAAUACAGGUUUUCAUGUGUCGUGUAUCAAAUGUGUUACUAAAUAAAAACUGAAUAAAAUUAAAAUACAUAAAUAAUUAAAAACAACAUUCAUGUUUUGAUUAUUUUUUAUUUGGACCUCGAUUGUGUAGUCGGCCCUCAAAAUGCUAUUUGAUAGUUAAUGCGGCCCUCGGGCUGAAAAGUUUGAGGACCCCUGCCUUAGAGUAUUGACAUCCAGGGACGUCAUUUAGGUAGGGAAAAGUGUGGCAUUCCCCCCCUCCCGAAUGUGCAGGUUAAUUUAAAUUGCUAUGUACUGUGGCGCCUCCAGUAAUAAACAAUUUUACAAGCCGACAUUUUUUUUUGUAUCAUGCAAGUAUGAAACACCAAGUUAAGAGAUCAAGUUAAAGCAGGUAGUCAGUCAGAUAGUUGUAUGAAACACCAAGUUAAGAGAUCAAGUUAAAGCAGGUAGUCAGUCAGUUAGUUGUAUGAAACACCAAGUUAAGAGAUCAAGUUACAGCAGGUAGUCAGUCAGUUAGUUGUAUCUGUAUCACAAAAUUCCGUUCGGAGGGAAACAAUGUUGAAAAUAGUUUAACAUCUCUGAGACUCUGCUAAACAGGUUUUUAUUAUUUGGGUGUUGUAGGGUUGUGUUGUUUUUUUUUAAUAACAAUUUUUUUUUUUUUACAAAUAAGCGAUAAUAUUUGUGUUUUUUUUCAGGACCCAAACCUCAAUCCCAAGAAUGCAAGUCUACCCACAUUUAUCUAGUUGCCCUCAUUAUUCCAUUCUCGUUGAUCGCCUUCAGAUUAACAUUCCUUUGGAUUCACAUCGCUAGAAGAAAAGUAAGUUGCACAUCUUUCAUGGAACUAGAUUAAGUUUGAAGCCAGUAUUAUUUAUUUUUUUUAGACAAACCUUGUUUUUUUUUUUUAAAACAUGUUUAUAACAUAAGAUGGCCGCAAUCAGUGACGUCCUGGUGUGAUUCCAAAAAACGUGCGCCCCCUCAACAUUUACGCACAUUAUUUAUAUAACUGUAUAAAUAAACACAAAAAGCCCCACCCGGGGCGGGCGCCCCUUCCACACUAUAGGCUUGCUACUGGCCGGGAUAAUAAAUAAAUGAUUUAAUUUAAGAUCUGAGCACUCUCUCUGUGGAGGUGAUAAAACUAACCGAUAAUUAUGCCUUUGUCUAAAAAUUCCGACUCUUUCUGAAAUCAAUUAUGUUAAACUACUUGCUAUCUGCUAAUUUAUAUAUAUGUAUAUAUUAUUAUUUAUUUUAUUUUUUUUUUUUUGUGUGCAGAAAUUAAAACAGGAGGCCUCGGUGUUGCUAAAGGAAACACGGGAUCUAAAAUCGAGUUAACAAAAAUUGUGAUUAUAAAAAAUGUAACAAAGGGUUUAGAUAUUUUGGGUUCCAGUGUAAGAUUAAAAAAAAUUAAAGUAUAUUCAGAUCAACUACACUGGUUAAAGUGAGAUUAAUUUAGAAAACAAAACCAGUUUUAAACAGCUUAAAGUCUUUAGAAGAAGUUCUUAACAUUUUGUAAUAAGUAUACUUAUAAGCUAAUGGUAGCGAC